AUCAGACAUUAAUUGAACAUUACUAGUCUGUCUUUGUUAAGAAUUAAUGGAGUUGUUAAAUCUGUUAGCUGCAUUGGCUGUAGUUGUCUCGUUUCUGUUAGCACCCUGCAGCCGCACUGCUUCUGGUCAAGUAAUUCGGCAGAAACCUCUCCAACAAUAUGGUAAUUCUGCAGUUCACCAAGAACAUUUCACCCUCCCGUCACUGCCGAGGAAACUCAAUCUCCAAGAAGAGGCAGCUGUGAAGAAGAGUUUUGCUGAUGACGAUGAUCAUCUGCUGCGCAAGAAGCUGAUGGAAGCCUCAUCAGGUAAGAAACGACACAACGAAAAGGAAGAAAACAUGAUGGUGCAUGAUGAGCAGGCAGCAGGAAGAGGGACUUGGAGAGAAUGGGUUGAGAGCCCCAGAAGAUCAGAAUACUUCACUAUGGAUUACGCUUGGGUUCGACGGCGACGCCCCAUACAUAACAAGAAAAUCCCAUUUGUCCCAUGAAUCAUGGCUUUCUGCUACCUAGCUGCCUUGUUAUUACAUCAAGUAUACUAGUUUUCUAACACAAAUUUUGGGGAAAGAAAACCAGGAAAAAAAAAAAAAGGGGUGGGUCUAAAUAUAUGUA